AAUCGUGCGAGCCAUAAACUCGAACCAAACACAACGGUAGAAGAAGGAACGAUAAAGAAUCGAGCCUCUAUAGAUUCGGAGACCAUUUUUGGGCUGAAGGUUCUGAUCGCAGAACUAGCAUUGAGACGGAGAUGGGCGGCACUCGGUUGAGAGUUAAUGGCGGAGUUUUGGCGGUUAGCAUCCUGCUGCUAAUGCAGUUGCCGGAAACAUCCGUAGCCACCAAUUCAGCUUCCGCCUUCGUACAAAAUGCUAUCUUCUCCAACAAGAUCGUCAUCUUCUCCAAAUCCUACUGCCCAUAUUGCUUGCGUGCCAAGCAUAUAUUCGGUGAACUACAUGAGAAACCUUUUGUGGUGGAGCUUGAUCUUAGAGAUGAUGGAUAUCAAAUUCAAUAUGUUCUUCUGGAAUUGGUAGGCCGCCGCACUGUUCCACAAGUAUUUGUGAAUGGCAAGCAUAUUGGUGGCUCGGAUGAUCUCAAAGCAGCCGUGGUGAGUGGUCAAUUGCAGAAGCUUCUUAGUGCAAAUUGAUUUUAAAUUACGCAAUGAAGAAAAGAACUUGUCUGAUUGGAGACUUUGAACGAGUGUUAUAGGAAUCAUUAUGAACCUAUGAUUACAGCAAACGAGAUUGAUGUAAUAGGGCCAAAAUCAUGUGACAUGAUGUUAAUUACACUAAUUGUAAUGGAAAUUAUGAUUUGAGGCACAAUAUUUGUCUGGUUGUUGGGUAUGAAAUUUUGUUUGAUUGAA